GAUGAUCUUCAACCAAAUAUCAACAAACUGUCGUUAUGUCGUAUUGCGAGUGCGGAUAACAACUGCACACAACACCAACACUGAAUCAUCGCAUUUGCGGUUACUUAACUAGUGUGAGCACUAGAGAGCAGGACCAUACUUCAUGUGGAAGUCGCCGGAUAAGUGUUUGCAGUGCGACCAGUGAUUUGUUCCAAACAUGAGUUUCAUACGAAAAUUUACGGCAGUCAGCACUCCGGGAUUAUGCAGAAGUUUCUCUGUAUCCACACCAAAUAAUGCCACAUACUCAUGCAAAAUCCUUGUCAUCGGUGGUGGCACGGCUGGAUGCGCGAUGGCGGCCAAGUUUACCAGGAGACUGCCAAAAGAUAGUGUCAUAGUCCUUGAGCCAAUGAAAGACCAUUACUACCAACCUCUAUUCACGUUAGCUGGUGCAGGAAUAGUGACACUGAACCAAAGCCGCCGGCUGGAAGAGAACGUCCUUCCCAAGAAGGCCAAAUGGAUACAGGACUUCGCACAAUGUAUUAUGCCCGACAGGAACAAAGUGGUGACUGCGAAUGGCCAUUGUAUCGACUACGAGUACCUCAUCGUGGCUGCUGGGAUGAACAAUGAUUAUGAUAAGGUCCCGGGUCUAUACCAGGCUCUAGAAGACAAGACAAGCGGUGUAUCCUCGAUAUUCGCGGCUGAGUACUGUGAGAAGACGUUCUCAGACAUGCAGAAACACAAGGAAGGCAACGCCAUCUUCACGUACCCUGACUCCUUGAUCAAGUGCCCCGGCGCGCCGCAGAAGAUUGCGUACCUAGCAGACUCAUAUUUCAACAAGACAGGAGUGCGUACAAAAACGGCGAUAUACUACAACACGUGCCUGCCAGUUAUCUUCGGUGUUCCGAAGUACGCCAAGGAGCUCAUGAAGGUGGUGAAGAGGAAACACAUCAACGUCAAUUACAAAACGGUGCUCAAAGAGGUCAGGCCGGACAAGAAGGAGGCUGUCUUCUUCAACAAAGAAAAGUGUGAGGACUUUGUAAUGGAAUACUCGAUGCUACACGUGACGCCCCCAAUGUUGACGCCGGACUUCCUGCGAACUAAUGCAAGCUUGGUGGACGAGCACGGCUACUUGGAGGUGGACAAGUUCACGCUGCAGAGCCCCAAAUAUCCCAAUAUCUAUGGCAUCGGAGACUGCAUUAACACACCGAAUAGUAAAACUGCCGCUGCUAUCGCCGCACAAUCGUACGUGUUGGAACACAACCUGCUAGCCACGAUGAAGAAGGACGAGCCCAAGUUGAAGUACAACGGGUACGGCGCGUGUCCCUUGGUGACGUCAUACAACACCUGCAUACUCGCCGAGUUCAUCUACGGCGGAAUACCACAUGAAACAAUGCCUUUCAACCAGGCUUCAGAGAGCGUUAUAGCGUACUACAUGAAGAGAUAUCUUUUCCCAGCCCUCUAUUGGCACAUGAUGAUGAAGGGAUACUACCACGGACCGGAGGCUAUUAGGAGAAUAAUGCACCCAUUCUCAAGGAUAAAAAUAAUUCUUAACAUGAGCGCAGUCUUCAAAAGACUCGCUCCUUACACAAAACAUGCGGUGCGGUGGUAUUGUCCUACGAAGAAAACCUACGAAUGCAAGUUGUUGGUGGUCGGCGGCGGCGCUGGCGGCUGCAGCGUCGCGUGGCGCUUCGCCCGCAAAUUGAAGAACAGCUUAAUUGUGCUGGAACCUUGUAGGGUACACUACUAUCAACCAGGCUUCACACUGGUAGGGGCAGGCAUAAAGAAUCUGCAGGCGAUGUACAAGCCGCUCCCUAGCAUUCUACCGCACAAUAUCACGUGGAUACACGAUCGGGCUGAGGGCUUCUGUCCCAGCGAGAACCUGGUGGUCACGUGGAAAGGUGACAAAAUAUACUACGAGUUUAUGGUGAUCGCUGUUGGUAUCAGGAAUGAUUAUGACAAGGUGAUAGGCCUGGUACAAGCUCUGGACAACCCUCGUUGCCCUGUCUCCACGAUCUACUCUCCAAUGUACUGCUCGAAGACCUGGAUGAAUAUAAAGGACUUCAACGGUGGACAUGCGCUGUUCACGUUCCCUGUUGUAGGCGGUAAAUGUUCCGGUGCUGCCAUGAAGAUCAUGUUUUUAGCGCAAGAUUAUUGGAGAAAGCAAAAAAUCAUAGGUAAGACGAAUAUAACGUACAACACGGGAGCGGAGGACAUAUUCGGCGUGCCGAAGUAUGCGGAUGCCAUCAGAGCGUUGGCUGUCAGUCGCGGCAUCGUGCCCAACUAUGGAGCCGACCUAGUCGAGGUGUCGCCUAAGGGAGCCGUGUUCAUGGGACCUUGCGGAGAGACGAUAUGCUUCCCAUACAACAUGCUGCACGUAACUCCGCCGAUGGCUCCGCAGUACUGCCUGCAGCAGUGUGGGGAGCUGAGCACCGCCGCAGGGUACCUGGACGUGAAUACAGACACGUUGCAACACACGCGGUAUCCCAACGUGUUCGGGCUGGGAGACUGCACGUGUACGCCUAAUAGCAAAACUGCUGCUGCCGUAGCUCCCCAAAGCUACGUGGUGGAGCGAAACCUGCGCAACGUGAUGUCGGGCAAGGCUCCCUCCGCCAAGUACAACGGGUACGGGGCCUGUCCUCUCAUCACAUCAUACAGGAAGGGCAUGCUGGCAGAGUUCGUGUACAACAAGAAGAUAUGGGAGACAUUCCCCUUUGAUCAGGCAAAAGAGCGUCGUAUAAUAUAUCAAAUAAACAAGUACGUUUUGCCAUAUAUUUACUGGAACUCGCUGGUCAAAGGAAAAUGGAACGGCCCGGGAACCAUACGCAACAUUAUCAAUCCACUCCGAAGAUGAAAACAUCACGAUUCAAUAUAAAUAUUUUAUUAAAACAACUCUUUAUAUUAUAAUACAAACUUCUUAAGACUAAUCAUUUACAAAUAUACGUUUUUUAUUUUGUUUUACAUUCAUGUUUUUCUUUUCUUUAUUAUAAAAACAGUGAAGUUAUUUACGUAGUAUGCAGGUAAGAACAUUGAAAUUGAUUCAGUACAGAGACAGUAAGUAUUGUUUUAAAAAAAUUAGUCGAAUGUAUAUUUAUAUUUUACCUGCAUACCAAAUAAGUUGGCUGAUUGUACUUAAACCAAAUAAAAAUCCGAUGAUAUAAAACACUUUCGUAAAGAGAAAUUUAUCCAAUCAAAUUAUUAAAUGUUCUUAGAAAGUAACUUCCGAUUUUUUCAUUAAAAAUUGCAAGUAAUAAUAUCCUUAGGAAAUAGUAAAAUUAUUUACAUAUAAUUAUUUCGAAUAUCAAACAUUCUCUAACAUAGCAUUGCACGGUAUUUAUUUAGCUUUAAAUUACAAAUUGUUACUGUCUUAUAGUAGUAAAUCAUAAAUGUAUGGUAGGGACAUAGGUGAGGUUCAAUAUAUAAAAAUUGCAUAAAGCCUAUCCAGUAGGGAGUGAUAUCAUACACUGGACACAAUUGGGUAGAAGGUCAAAACAUUUUCAAAAUAAUUUAAUACUUUCAUUCAUUGAUUUGGCGAUCUACUUAAUUUUUUUUUUUUGUUUUCUGUAGCAAAUUUUACAAAAUUGAGUAUGAUGUUGCGAUUUCGAUGCAAAAUUCAUAAAAAAAUAAUAGUUUUUGACAUUUCGAUAAAAGUAUUGAACUUGACUAGUUGUCUUACUUUGGAAAACUAUUGAGGAUUUUCUAAAUCAGGGAACCAUGUAUUACUUACAUAAACGAAAAAAAUAUUUUGAACUAUACCUAAUGCGCUCUAACAAGGUGCGGCUGACAGAUUCAGUAACGUUUCGUAUCACUCUUGAAAGUUGCUGCGAUUUAAAAAUUAUGCCUUAAUAUUUUAGCUGUAUCACAUUCGUAUUAUGUUAAAUCAUUCGGAUGCGUAGUUAGUUAAAUUAAAACCAACCGGAAUGUUCUAGUAUUCAAUUAAAAUCUAAUGAAAUGAAAAAUAAAGUAAAGUGUUAUGCGUAUAACGUAAAGCCAUAGUCGUGUUUAGUGAUGGGAUGUACGGCUACGACGGAUAGGUAGUCGAUGUUUUUUUAAAAUUUAAAACGAAAAUCGUGCGUCGUUCAAUUAUCAUUCUUAAAAAACCUUUAAUUAUGUGGGUAAAUCCACUGUAGACGCGGCUCUCUCUGCCCAAACCACAGUGACAUUAUCUGAGCAGAAAUAUGUAGUAGGCAUUUUUCUAGACAUUUCCGGCACCAUUGAUAAUGCGUGGUGGUACUUAAUCUAACAUAUACAAACUAAUAUAUCCUUGUUUUCUUCACGGUUCUGUAAAACUGUAACUCUGAAACACCUCAGGGCUCGGUCAUAAAAUAUUUAUUUUGACAAGUAUAUACACGUAGUUAGACUGCGCAACUAAAUAACACACACAUUUAAUAAAAAAAUUAAAGAGAAUUAAAUGUAUGCUGCGAGUAUCGAUAGCGAUAAAAAAAGAUUUUUCUAAUGUCCAUCCCUAAAGAGAGACGUCAACGUCAUACAGGCAUCUGUCAGCCGCACCUUGUUACGGCGCAUAGGGUAUAAUAUAAUAUAGCCUAUUAUGGUGGUUUGGUUUAAACAUUUGGUGAUUGUACUCAAAACUAAUACCUAUUUAAAAUGAUUUGGUUAACUCACAAUAAAAUUAGGGAAUAUAAUUCUUUAUUUUAAUGAAUUUUAAGCAAUAGUUUUUUAGUACUAUUUCGACUUUGACGUCUCGUUAAUCUCGCGAGAUCUCGAGAUUACAUUCCCUAUUUACAAUAAAAUUAUAAAACCGUGGUACUUCAUCUGUAUAUGCAUAAUAGCAUAUCAAAUACUUAAGAGGGAUUUAACACUUAACUCAACUCUAGAAAAAAUACUGAAAAUUACCUCAUAGUUUAAUUUAGUUACUAAAGUACUCAGAAAUAACGAAACAAUCUCAAAAGCCUCUUAAAUCUAUAUUCUUUGUAUGAAAUGACUACAAUAAUUAAUCGAUAAGCUUUUAAAAAAGGCAUAAACACACACGUCUAUCUUUUGACAUAAGUUCAAUAUAAAAAAAUCUCAUUAAUACAUCCGAAAUAUUUCAUAACAUAAAAAAAUAUCUAAAAGAUUACAACUACUACAAUAAUUACACUUUACUAGUAUUCAGAUUACUUUAUUUAUGUCCAUUGCUGAACUCGGCAGCGCUCUGUCGCAUCUUGCGCAUGGCUGCGCGACGCAUACGAUGUUGUUUGCGCAAUACAGAACAGGCAUUGGUUUGCCAUGGGCACUUAAGGUAGGUACGCGUCCACAGGCCCGCAUCGUACGCAUCUCACGCAACGGAUUUUAGUUUGUCUUGUACAGAAACUCAUACAACUGCGUCCACUGAUCCGCAUCGUACGGACCGCAUCAUCAGCAAUGCCUACAUGCGAUGCGUGCGAUGCGUACGAUGCGGGCCUGUGGACGCUUACCUUUAUAGACUGUUGAUGUAAUGUGAUGUGAUAUUAGAAAUUCUUUACAAAAAUGUAAUCUCAUUUUUCAUAACCGCCUUAAACAAUUCUAAAACCUAUUACAAUGUACACAAGUUAUACUUUACUAGUAUUCAGAUUAGUGAACUGUUCUUUAUG